AUGCCAGAAGAAGUGCUGCGAAGCAUUUCCCAACGCACUCCGAAUGGAUCUAAUGAAUGUGUCGUAUGUGGCGAGAUUUGUGCCUGCAACUCGGCGAACGUGCGUCUUCUGACUCGGACAGAUGUUCGUGAAUUUUUGUGGAAAGCCGGAGUCUUUGAAAAAUCAUCAUUGGAAAACGGAAGAGUGGAAUUAUGUCAUCGAUGUCUUGCCAUCGUUGUGACUGGAGACCAGUUGUUGUGGCGAUAUUGGGAAAAAAUCGCCUUGUGUUCCAGUCUUCUUUCAGAGCGGGGAAGAAGUUCCGUGACGGAAAAGUCCCUGGACAAAAGUUCUGCAAGUUUUCAAAGCGAAGACACAUUUUCUGCUGUAAAAGUUGAAGAGUUGGAUUCGGAAAUUCCUCAGAGUAGUUCUCGAGGUCUUCAGGGCAUCAAGCCGGAUAUUCAAGAACGAUGGUCGAUCCGGAAUCCGUGCAUGAGAAAUCCUCUGCCAUAUGAAUGUAUCGGUAUUGCAAAGAAGCAAUCCUACAGAAUCGAAAACUUCACUUUUCUCAAGGAACGUGCAUUCAAAGGCCAAUCCAAUCUGAUUCACGUGCGCUGUGAUCAUCACCGUGAUAAAAAAGUGAAAUGUGGAGUUCGCGGUGUGAUAAACCUACACGAGCAAGUUUUCUUCUACAGCUCUACCUGCUCUGCUGCUGAUCACAAUCAUGGGAAAGACAAAUCUGAACCGAAAAGUGAACUUGAUGGUGUUUCGCGCAGUGCUGGUGAUUCAGAAGAUGUCAUUCGCCACGAUAAGAAGAUUAGUGGAACCCCGGAGUACUUUUGUGAUAGCUGCGAACGGAGUUUCGAAUCGCAGCGAAACUUGACUCUUCAUCGCGAGGAGCAUGUGAUGAAGUGCCUCGAUCGAGUGUCCUGUAUAAGUUGCUGCGAAGUUCUUCGUCUUGAGGAGCUGAAUGAGCACGUUGAAACGUCUCAUGGUGGUCUUCUUGCGCGCUCCAACACCGAGAGAGUCAAGCUGGGGAUGAAGCUGAUGGAUUGUCAUAUUUGCAAUUUUCGCACUGUGAGUUCGAAGGUUCUUCAGUCUCACAAAGUGCAAAAACACCGGGGAGACAGUGAAUCGAGCUCUGGUGAAGGUGUGUGUCCUGAAGCUUCGGCAAAUCUCAAGUGUUCGAAUGACCUGGUUUGCUCAAUUUGCGGAUUGAGAUUUUCCCAGUUGACCACAUUUGAAGAGCACGUUUCAAAUUGCGCUGCGAGUCGGUCGCCAGAAAAAUGUCCUGUUAAAGAUGAACGCCUACCUGGUUUUGAAAGCCUGUCACUUUCAUUCGAAUCUAGUGUGAAAACGGAAAGUUUUUUUGAAGCCGAAUUGAUGCAUGAUUUUAAUAUUGGAGAGAAGAACGUCGACGAUAUGGCGUCGAAUCUUAUGGAGGUUGAUCCUUUGGAAGAGGAUUUGCUGAGUAGUGCGGGUGACGUGCAUCAAGCCAAUGUUUCUGGGAAGCCUGCGAAACGCAUCCCUGCUGUGAAGAAGCAACGUCGAGGCCGACGGGAAAAGAUCCACUACGUUUGCGAACUCUGCGGACACGCGUCUCUAAAAUUCGCUUGUCUCUACCGUCAUCACCUGAAAGCCCACGCUGUGCCCAACGGAUUCGAAUGCAAUGCCUGCGGUCGCUCCUUCCCCACGUCGUCACAACUCCAGACCCACACUGAACGUCAUUUGCUCGACGUGCGUGACAAAAUCGUUUGCAUUACGUGUCGCAACGUUGUGUCCUUUUCCGGCCUGAGUCACCACGUGCGAUACAAGCACAAGGGACGGAUCGGACGGACUGAGGCGGAGCGCGAGAAAAUCGGUGUGAGGUUUAGAAAGUGCGCGUUGUGUUUGUUCAAGACGACUGUCGAGGGUGUGUUUGAAACGCACGUGCUGCAAGCUCAUCGGAAUCAGAGUGCGUAUCCCUGCGAAGACUGCGAGGAGAGUUUUGCGAAUGCGGCGACGUUGGAUUUGCAUAGGAAUGUUGUGCACUUGAGGGAGCGGCCUCGGGUGUGUGGCUUUUGCGGCGAGGAAUUCUACGACCGGAGGAAGUUCGAUUCUCAUAUGGAAAGGCAUAAGGAAUUGGGAGGACGAAAACUAUGUCCAGAAUGCGGGAAGGUUUUGUGUGGCCGGGCUCUUAAGGAACAUUUGGCCGCCGCUCAUGGACGAGGUGUAUGCUGCAAAAUAUGCUCCUCCGAAUUCCCCACUUACUACGCCAUGCGGACUCACAUGGCCAAAGAACACGGUGCCCCGAAACUGAAGAAGAAGGUUCCCAAAGUCUACCUGUGUGGUGUUUGCGGGAAAACUUGUUCCCCGAAGAGCAUUUACCUCGAACACAUGAAAGUGGAGCACGACGUGACGCUUCCGGGAUUGAAGGAAUUCAAGUGCGAAUUUUGCUUCAAAUUGUUCUAUUCUGGGGAGCGUUAUCGGGCGCAUCAAAAGGGCGCCCAUGGGUUGAAACGGCUGUCUCAGGUCAAAUGUGGUUUGAUUUGUUCCUUGUGCUCGUUGUCGUUUCCGGAAAAGGUCGUGUUUCGUGAUCACUUGAGAGACGAGCACAUGGUUUUCGCAAACAUGGACUUCGAGCAGAAGUUUUCGCUGUGUCUGAUUUGCCGGUCGCCGGCCAUGGACGGGAAUUCUGUGUUCCAAGUGAAACUGCAAAGCUGUGAGAAUGUGUCGCAGUUUUUGUGUAAAAACGAAAUUUUUCGCCGGGAAACCAUCGAAACGUCCGCGUCGGGCAUGUGCGAUCGGUGCUUGGCCUUGGUGUUGACUGGUGACCGGUUGAUGCUCUGCGUUCAGCGGAAUCUCAAGCAGUUCAAGGAUUUGAUCAUGGGCAAUGUUGAGCAUAAACCUCCUGAAGUGAAGUAUCCGAGGAUCGGCAAAGAUGAUCACGACUUGUUGCACGUUCGGUGUUUGUUUCGACGAGUGACUGGGGUGGAGUGUCCCGUCGGCGGAGUGAUCAACUUGAGGGAGAAGUUGUUUUAUUAUCAUCAGAUCUACUCGGCUGUGAAUCAUUGUCACGUGGAGAAGGAGGUGCCUGCGAAUGCUGUGUUCAUGACCUCUGCAAGCGAAUCUGUGAGAAGAAGCCUGCCCGACAGGAAUGCUCAGAAAGACUUCAUGCGUUGUCACUUACCCACCGGAAAGAAGGGCUACAAGUGCGAACUCUGUGAUUACAAGAUCCGUCAAUUCAAGUCCCUCUGCACAGCGUGCUGCUACUGCUUCCUCGCGUUGCACGAGCACGUGAAGCUCAAGCAUUGCGGGAAAAUCGGGAGGACGAAGGACGAGAGAUUAGCCCUGGGGAUCAAGGCGAGGCAGUGUUUGCGGUGUAGUUUUGUUGGCAUGACUGAGACUGCUUUCGGGAUUCAUGCGGCGUUGGAGCAUAGGGAAGAGCAGGUGAUCAAGUGCGACGAGUGCGAUAAAGAGUUUAAGACGCAGAGAACGCUCAGGGAUCAUGAGAAUAGUGUGCAUGGGAAGAAGACGUAUGAGUGUGCCGAGUGUGGAUUGGUCAACUCUUCCCGAACUGCUUACGAAAGGCAUUUGGAGACGCAUAAACCGAUGAAAGGCAUGAAGCUUUGUCCUCAGUGUGGCAAGGCAUUGCGAGCUGGUUCAUUACUUGGACACAUGAUUGUUUUCCACAACCACCCG